AUGAGUCUGCGGGCGUUGUCCACUACACUGGCGGGGUUCGUCCCGCGGCGGGCCAUGGGGGCGCGAGCGCAGCUCGGGGCGGCGGCCGUCGCCCAAGUGCUGCGCCUGCCCGAGAGGCAGCAGAAGGCGCUGGUGUUCCCGCUGCAGGAGCUGGAGCGCUGCAUGGUUCCUGGCGGGGGCGCCAAGCUGCACGUGAGGACGUUCGACCCGAGCUUGGAGGACAUCGCGAGAGCUGAGACCGCCUUCUGCCCCGCGCCCCGCCACCGGAUCGACUACGUUAGCAGCGCCGAGCGCCUCGACCACGUCCCCGCCCCCUCCCGCCCCGAGGUCUGCUUUAUAGGAAGAAGCAACGUUGGAAAAUCAUCCCUAAUAAAGGCUUUAUUUUCCCUGGCCCCUGAGGUUGAAGUCAGAGUUUCAAAAAAGCCGGGACACACAAAGAAAAUGAACUUUUUCCAAGUUGGAAAAUAUUUUACAUUGGUAGACAUGCCAGGUUAUGGUUUUAAAGCACCUAAGGAUUUUGUUGACAUGGUAGAAGCUUAUCUGAAAGAACGGCCAAAUUUGACUAGAACAUUUCUGUUGAUAGAUAGUGUUGUUGGAAUUCAAAAAGCAGACAGUAUUGCUAUAGAAAUGUGUGAAGAAUUUGCAUUACCCUAUGUGAUGGUGUUAACAAAAAUUGACAAAGCUUCCAAAGGUUAUCUUGCAAAACAAGUUCUGCAGAUCCAGGAAUUUGUUGACACUCAUACCCAGGGAUGCUUUCCUCAGCUGUUUCCAGUCAGUUCUGUAACGUACUCUGGAAUCCAUCUGUUGAGGUGCUUUAUAACCUAUAUAACAGGAAACCUUCACAUCAAUAGCUCAUAGGUUAGCUAAAGAUUCAAAGGCUGGCUGUGUCAUCCAGAACAUCAGCAUUGUUUUAGAUGUUGUCUAUCUUUAACACAGCAGGAGGACCAUUUGCAUCUUCCCAGAGUAAUCUCUGCCCCAGUUUUAAUGCCUGAGAAGUGGCUUUAAUGGAUCUAAUCUUGCUGUUCAAUUCAGAACAAUUAUUUUGAAAAGUUAUUAUCCCUUUAACAAGCUGAAAUUUUAACUUGUUUUGCUCAUGGCUCAAUAUUCUGUGUCAUGAGAAAUCAUAGCACGUUGAUUAAGCUGACAACAAAGAAGGGCUCCCAGAUAGUAGGGCCUCCCUCUAGGCAUUUGGGAUUCCUUCACUCCUCUCAUCACCCCCUCCACCCGCCCCCCAUUUACUUCUCUAGAACUUAUAACAGAGUAAGCAGCUUUGCAUCUCCAUGGUUGAAGCUGUCCUGACCUCCCCAAUACCAGGCCUGCAGCUAUGGGUGCGGGUAGAAACUGGGGAAGCAAGUCUCAAGGUGUAGAGAGUUUUGUGGUACAUCCUUUGAGAACACAAUGGAUUCAUUGGUCUUAUUUGCUUAAACACAUUUUCCGUUACACACCAUACUUCGAAAUACUACAAAGCAGAGUUGUUCAAAAGGGUUUGCUUUUUAAAAGCAGCAUACCUGUUAGGGUAUAUACUGAUAUGCUUGUACUUUAUCAUGUCUGUGCUAACUGUAUUUUAAUACAAUAAGAUUUUCAAUAAAAUUUGGGGCCUUCCAGCAAACUGCUGGGAAGUAUUUACUGGAGUAGUCUAGCAAGCUGAGCCAUUACAGAACAAAAUUAAAUCCAACAGUGAAGCCAUCUGAUGUUACAGUUUCCACACCAUCUUGUGAAAGGCAAAAAGACGAGUUAAGAAAGUUUCAUUAACUUUAAAAAAGAAAAGAUGGGGUUGAGAGUGAUGACUAACGUCGAUAGACUCAGCCCUUCUCAGCAAUGCAAGGAUCUAAGACAUCUCAAAGUCUCGUGAUGGAAAAUGCUAUCCACA